AUGGAGAUUGUAGACAAUGACAAUGUGAGUAGUUGGUCUAACGAUGCCAAUUUCAAUCUAUUGUCGUCUCGUCAUAACAAAUGUAAGAGCAUACAAGACUAUGAUAAUAUUGCAGAUUUGAAUAUAGAUGGAGAUAUUAUGGUCGGACAAUUGUACUCGAGUAAGAAAGAGUUGCAAAAACAAUUAGCUAUGAUUGUAAUGAGGAAGAAUUAUGAGUUUAAAGUGGAAAGAUCAACUGAGGAUCGUUUGGAAAUUAGAUGUGUGGAUGAUAAUUGCAAGUGGCGACUUCAUGCAACCAAGUUACAAGUGUCAGAAUUUUUUGAACGUGAUCAUCGGCAAGCAAGUAGUUCUAUUGUUGGCCAAUUUAUAAAGUCAAAGUAUGAGAAGGCAUCACAUGUAUAUAGACCUAAAGACAUCAUUAAGGAUAUGCGAGCACAAGUUGAGGUUAAUAUGAGCUACGAGAAAGCUUGGAGAGCAAGAGAGCAUGCAUUUGACAUAAUCCAAGAAUCGCUAAAGGAAUCUUUUGCCGCACUUCCUACCUAUUGUGCCAUGUUAGAAAGUAAAAAUCCUAGGACAGUAACACAUAUAGAAACAGAUGACAAUAAUCACUUUUUAUACUUUUUCAUGUCAAUGGGAGCCUCUGUAAAGGGAUUUUGUGGUUCUAUAAGGCCUGUGGUAGCAGUUGAUGAGACUUUUCUAAAGGGUAAAUAUCUUGGCACCUUAUUUGUCACUGUAUUCCAUGAUGGACAAAAUCAAAUAUAUCCUUCGGCAUUUGGUGUGGGUGACUCAGAAAAUGACGCUUCAUGGACAUGGUUUCUUACAAAAUUGAGAAAUGCCCUUGCAGAGGUAACAUACUUGGUGUUUGUAUCUGAUCAACAUGGAAGCAUUGGUAAAGUUGUGCAAACUGUGUUUCCAGAGGCAUAUCAUGGAGCUUGUAUGUAUCAUGUAGCUGGCAACAUGGGGAAUAAAUUUGGUGAUGAUGAAACGAUGUUUAAGUUAUAUUACAUUGUGGCAAAAACAUACCUUGUGUCAGAGUUUAAUAGUGUUAUGAGUGAUAUUUGGGCAAUCAAAGAUGGAAAAGUAGGAAAAUAUCUUCCAGAAAUUGGGUAUCAUAGAUGGGCUCGGGCACAUUUAAGUGGAAAACGAUACAACGACAACCAACAUUGCCGAAUCCAUGAAUGCAAAACUGAAGGAUGCUCGAAAGUUGCCUAUCACUGCUAUAGCGGAUCACCUUACAGGUACACUCCAAGGGUGGUUCAACGAACAUCGGAACACAACAAGUUCAUGGAAUUUGACCUUGACAAAGUGGGCAGAAGGAAAAUUGCACAAGAAUCAAAAUAG